AUGUGGCACGCUGGUUGGUCUUGGUACCCGGGCUCAUGGGGCACGUUUCCUGGCUCGGGAGCUACUGCGUUCAACUCCACGACUGAUGUCGGCUGUUGUCUUAGCCUCCACUACCAGAGGCUCUGUAAAAUCACCUGCUCCAAGUUGGCGGCAGAGCAGUGUAGCGUCGAGCAAACUUCACGGCAGUACAAAGACGACGUAUCAGGACAGCACGAUGGGGUCAUAGUCUACAGAGGAAUCAGAAGCAAGCACAAGCCUUAUAUAACAACUCAGCAAGAAGAGGAGUACCAGACCGAACCUGUUGAUCUCUCAAUGAAUGGAAUGAGAGGUCAUGGCAGUGGCAAGAGGUCAUCGGAUGCAUCUGAUAUGGAUGAUGGUCCAGUCGACCUUAAGAAGAGACCCAGUACAAUUGUAGCCCCCUCGCCUGUCCAACGGAGGCCAGGGCAUGAGGAAGAUGACCGGCCGACCGUCACGCUUGAGAGCAUCACGAAAAGCGGGGAAGGUGCACUCAUCAAAGUUGCUCAAGCGGCAGAAUCUACAUGUGUAGUAGUCAGUGCUCCUGUACAACCUAGGCUCACUGUGGGUGACUCCAAACCCCUCUCGGCUGUUAUGAUACCUCUGCACCUAUCCAUGCCGCCCACUAAAGUGAUUCCACACCACUAUGGUUUGUGCGCCACACCCACGAUAUUUGAUGACCAAUUGAGUCCAAAUUUUAACAGCCCACUCAGUAUAGACUUCAGGCAUACAGGCCCUUGGCACGCUGGCCGACCAAGGCGGACCUCCUCAUCGGAGACCAAUCUACGGGGCACCAGGGCGGCUACAGAGCUCCUACUAGACAAUGGCAAACGGCGGAGGGUCCACCGCUGCACGUUCCAGGGCUGUAACAAAGUCUACACCAAGAGUUCCCACCUCAAGGCACACAUGAGGACCCAUACAGGAGAGAAGCCGUACAAAUGCACAUGGGAAGGAUGUGGUUGGAGUUUUGCCCGUUCAGACGAGCUGACCAGGCAUUUCCGCAAACACACGGGUGACAAACCCUUCAAGUGCCCCCAGUGUGAACGGGCUUUCUCCCGCUCGGACCAUCUCUCACUACACAUGAAAAGGCAUUGAGGGGGAUCAGUUGUGGCUGGUACUUUGCAUUCAGCUUGUGGUAAGAAGAGUAUGCUGAUUGCUAACUCUUGCGCUGGAUCGGCUUAAGACAUUACGGAGAGUUCUUUCAACAAAGAAUCUCUGAUAAGCCGUCCUACUUGACAGGUUCAAACUUGUGUAUAUUGUACACCAACAACCCUACAUAAAGACCUAAUGCAUUGACGUCAUCAAGCAGCCAUCUUAGAGGUAAACCGAUGAUGUAACAAUCGCAACGCACAGAUUUGUAUGUGCGGCGCAUGGGAUUGGCCAAUGAUCAACCGACCUUUGACCACUAAGUGAGGGCGCCAAACUCAAAUGACAUCAUGUGCAUAAGGUAUAUUAUAUAUAUAGGGAUACUAAAAGCCAUAGCUUUGCAAGGUGGAUAGCAACAACAUCGUCAAUAGAGGGCGCUCUUCCUUUUUCUGUGAGAUAAACUCCUGUGGGAACAGCAGACAAUCUCUCUGAAGUCGCAGCUAUGUUGUUGGAAUCAACCAGUCCAACAAAUAACCUUUUCGGUUAUUUUUCAUCGACAUCUUGGUGGCUUUUUUGGGCUACCUUUUGUGUUUACCGUUUAGUUUGCAGUCAGUUGAGGAUAACAUGAUCGUCUUGUGCACAAAGCAUGAAAACUCCAAAAAGCAGCAAUGGGUCGGCUUGAGGACAAAAUAAAGUCCAAUACAUCUAGAUGGUCUCACAUGAUUUCACCCAACCUAAGAGAGAUUUGGAGGAAACUAACACUGUAGUCACUUUAAAUUCGCUUUAUAAAAUCAGACGUAUAGAAUGAACGAUGGCCGUUACCAGGUAAAAAUGCAUGUAGAUUACCCAAAGCUAAGCAGAGUGUGUGCAACUAUGUCCUAUUUGAUACAAAUUCCAUACUAUGCUAAAACUUAAAAGUUCAUCUUAGAACAAAUAAUUACUGACAUAAAACAAUUAAAUAAAACAUGGGUCCAAUUUCAUGGAGCUGCUUUAGCAUAACAAAAGUAGCUAAGCACAAGAAGAUUGUGCUUACCGGAACUUGUUUACCAGCCGAAAUACCGCGUCACGUGUACAAUCCGUGACUGGUAUCCUGCUUAUUCUUUGCUUUGCUUAGCGGGAAAUGUUGAAGCAAUAUUUUCUGCUCUAUGAAAUUGAGCAACAGUUUCCAAAGGUUCCAGUGAAAGUCUCUUUUGCCACUCUAUUUAGACCUUAAUUGGAAAUGAGCAGAUCGUUUGUUCUAAACAUUAGUUGAAUGCAUUUGCCUAAAGAGCUAUUGCCAAGGUACCAAUAUUGCGUAAGGUCUACCUUUUCUCUCUUCAACAUUUUACAUAAUUUGUUUAAGCACUGUGACAGAGAAAUACGGAGUUAUAGUUGAGUGAGAUAUUAGAGGGGAAAGAAAACAGAAAGGCUAAGGAUUGAUGAAGCUAAGAUCGUUUUACUUUUUAUUUGUUUUAACCUUUCUUUUCAACAAUUGGAAUGGAUGUGUUGGAUUUAAAACUUGAGGAGUUCUUUUUUUUUUUUAAACAUAGUAUUAAUGUAUUGAUAUGCGUUUGAAAUGACUUUAUGUACAUUAAACUGGUUUUAGUAUAAACUAGUCAACCGGUUGUAACCGGCUGUAACUGGUUUAAACAUGCAACCAGCGUUUCACUGCCACACAGGGAACGGGGAGGGAGUAGAGACUUACAGGGAAAGCUCAACAUUGGUGGUUAGUUUAAGUAACGACAUGUUAUGUUUCUUGGGUACUUGCUCCAUUGGCACUGCACUCUUUGACGACUCCAUUUUGACAAGCCACCUAAUGUACAUGGUGUUUAAGGCAUUGCAUGUAGAGGUAAUCAAUAUAUUUGGUUUGUGGUAACACCAUGUGAGUAUCUUUUUGCAAGGUAGAUUAUGUUCUUUUGAGAACUUGUCUUGCUUUUUGUUUUUCUACUGUCGAGUUGAUUUUAGUGGCCUGGCAUUUUGACCCCAGCUGAGUCUUUCUCGAAGACUAAAAUGUGACCUCUUCGAUAGGACAGAAUGAGGGAGAAAUCACAAAUCUUCAGAAACUUGUAAAAACGAGCCU